GCACCGUGGACGACCAUCCCAUAUUUCCUCUAUCCUUUCCACGAAUAUUCCUAGACCACAAGAAUGGGCUCCUUUAAGAAUUUCAUCGAGCCCGGCGGUCAGUACGAUCCUCUUCCCAUCGUUCCUGUCUUACAUAGAUGUUGGGAUGAUGUUGAUUGAUGUGGAUGUGAAUGUCGAUGAUGUUGGCUCCGGUGCUGAUUCUGCUGACACUGUCUUCCUACCAGCCAUCGCUGCUGUUUUCACGGCCACCACCCUAUAUAAUCGCCGUCGCCGUCAACCGUCGAGCCCCUCAGAUCCCCCCUCCGCCGAAUCGCCCUUGCUUCCGGACCCGGUUGUUGCGAAGACUCCUGAUGAGAAUGGCUACUAUCGCUCAGUCGAGAACAGUCGAACCGUCCAGUCACGGUUCCUCGCGCGGUUCCCUUUUCUGAUAGAGAUAUGGUACUGGUUGCUUAUCUAUUGGGUACGUUAUACUUGCGGGACGGUGAUCGUUGGGUAGACUUACAGGUGCAGGUCUACCAAGGUCUGCGUGCAAUCUCGGCGCGAGCCAUUGCCGGCCAUGAUGCCAUCUUCGCUAGAGCAGAGCGUCAUGCUCUUCAGAUCCUCGCUCUGGAACAUACCCUUCACAUUGACGUCGAGCUGGCUAUUCAGAAAUUCGUCCUUACCAAAGCGCCCUGGCUCAUGCCUUUCCUGGCCCGAGUGUACUAUUCGCACAUCGUCCUCGGCGUCGUCUUUUUCGCAUAUACUUACACCUUCUUGAAACGUGAAACCUUCCAAGCGAUUCGCCGGACGCUGGCCUUUGAGAAUGUGAUUGCCUUCAUUAUCAUCACUCUAUGGCGGUGCACGCCUCCGCGUCUCCUUCCGGAAGAGUACGGGUUCGUCGAUGUGCUGCACAGCAACCACGGCGGUUCUGCUUGGACGCAGAACAAGUUCCAGCUCACUAUCGCGGCCAUGCCGUCGCUGCAUUUCGGUAACUCGAUGUUCAUCGCGCUGUGUCUGAUCCGGUUCAGCCCGCAUUGGUACCUUCGUGUCAUUGCGCCCGUAUGGCCGACGCUCAUGGCUUUUACAAUCGUUGCGACAGCGAACCAUUUCGUUCUCGACGCUGUGGUCGGGGCGUGUGUGGUUCUUGUAGCGUACCGUUUCAAUUAUGCCAUGUUGGGUCUUUUACCGGUGGAGAGGGCCCUCUUCAAACUGUUGCGGCUGGAGAAGCCUCCAGCUGCUAGACUGCUCGGCUCGGUGAGACACUUGGGAUUGGGGGACUCCUUCUCCUCAGUGUCCCCUCACGCGGUUCCGGAGUUUGCCGAGUGGUGCGGAGAUCUUACAUGGAUGCAUUACGAGCAUAAUCAUGCAUCGCUCGUGUAUGCAUUGACUAUCGAGUACUACCGAGCACGACCGAGCACUACAUAG